AAGGGAGGAGCCCCGGCCGCCGCCCAGCUCCGCCCCCCGCCCCACGCCCCGGGAGACCCGGCCCGAGUGCCGCGGGCACCGCCCUGAACCUACUCGAGGGCCCGCUGCGGGCGUGCAGAGCUGGGGACGGGGAACCUGACUCCUGCGUUCCAGCCGUGGGUGGCACCUCUUGUGGGAAGCAGGGCAAAACCACUUUGGUCAGGCGCUCCUCAUGCCUUUCUCACUUCGUAGGUGACCAGUAUCUCCUAAGAAUGUUAACCAUCAGUAACCGGGACCCCAAACCUCACCAAGGCACCCCUCGGGUCACCAUUGCUCUAACUUUGAAUUUGGGUCUCCUUCAUUUUGCCGCUGGAUGCGUUAAUGUGCGCGACCCACAGCUCCAGGUGGCGAUUUCCUGGCGGAACGGGACCGCCGCCACAGCCUGGGGGUCUGCAGUGGGGGCUGGGACCAGCCCCGGCCGCCGGCCCGUUCCGCGUCCACCGAGCCGGCGCUGGUUCGGCGCUGGGAACGUGCACGGGGCCUCUCUACUUGGCGCUGCGCUCCUGCCUCAGGGUGGGAGGUUGCUCCCAGCCAUGCCGGCCCCAGCAGAAGGCUGCUGGUGGUGGUGCUGGGGCAGGUCUGCCUUGGCUCCAUGGGACAGGAAGGGACGUUACCAGAGGAGAUUCAUCUCUUUCUCUUGGUCUGAGCAGCCCGGGCCUUUUGAGGGUGGGAGCGCUGCUACCUCCACCCGCAUGUUCUUUGCUGCCUGUUGACGGCCAGUGUUUCCUGUUUUGUUUCUGUUUCACUAUUUAUUAUUUUUUGCCUUAAAAAAAAAAAAAAAACAAAACAAUUAUUACCAUACAGCAGUUGCCCGUUUAUUUUAAUUUACUAUUAAUAGUGGAUUGCUGUGUUUCCUCCUACAAACACUGAAGCCUGAAAUCCGCCCCAGUCCGGAUUCUCUCCUGCCAAGAGGGAAUUGGCCCCGCAGCCUCCAGCUCAGACUCCCAACCCUUCUUUCUUUUCACUGGCAGCUGCUGCAGGCAGGACAAGGGGCUCCCCUCUCUCCAGUGGGGCCCUCAUCUCUCCCUGCUGCACAAUUCUUCCUCCUUCCCAGUCCCUAGGGAGAGAAGUACAUUCGUAGAGGCCUUUUGCAAAGAAAAGUAGAGCUCCCAUCAGCUGGCCAUUCUAAGCGCCUCUGGAAAGGGGCCAGGCAUUUGAAAUGAGAAAACCCCGCUGUGCCUCUGUGAGCUGCUAGCUCGGAUGGCUGCAACCAAGUUGCCACUGUGUCGGGUCCCCAGGGCAGCAUCUCUCUGGGCACAAUGGGCUGUGGGACUUCAGGAGCCCAGGUCCUCACCCACCGUGGGCAUCUCAUAGCUCCUUAGUUGGACCCGCUGGCCUCUGAGAGGACAUCUUCUUCCUCCCUAGGAGACCGUCCUGGGAACAAGCCUUAAAGCAAGGUGGCCACAGGAAGCCGCAGCGGGGGUGAGAUGACCCUCGGGCAGUCCAGCGAAAGCAGCUUGGAGAUUUCCCAUCAGCACACACUAAUUAAAAACAAGAAGAUCCUAUCAACUCCUAAUAAUGUCCUUGCCUGGUCUGGAGGGGUUUUGUUUGUGGUUUUGUUUGGUAUUUUGCUACUUCUUUCAAGCCUCUGUUGCUAACUCUUUCCUACUUGGGCCUGAGCCUUUGGGGAAAGCUCACUCCCGGGGCAGCUCAGUGGAGCUCAGCAGUCCCAGCCCUCCUUUGAUACGGCAGAGGGGCGGCAAUCUCUGAAAGAGGCUUCAGAGGAUGAGGAGGGCAGCCCGGCCAGCGUCAAGCGAGUUUGUCCCUAUCUCUGUGACCCCUUCCUUCCACCUGGAGUUCUCCGCUUGAUGUUCAUCUUCAUGACUAGACUCUACCCUCAGCAGGGCGUCCUCCAACCACCCCCAUCUGCCUCUCUCCUUCCCCACCCUAGCAUAUCCUCAGCCCCAAGCCGAACCCAACCUCUGGUGAGUGCUCAUUAAACCUUAGCCAAUGCUGGAUGGCUCCA